UAGAAGACAUAGUCACAUUUGAUGCCAUGUCAUGUCAUUUAUUUACCCACUUCUUCUUCUUCAAUGGAGUAUAUAUCUAAUCAUCUAAUCUAUCUUCUCUUCAUUAAUUCCUGUCUAUGAUAUAAAGUCCAAACCAACACCAUUUGGAGCACCCAACAAAAAUAAAGUCCUCAUUUUUUUCAUCAUCAUACUUCUCUAAAGCCUACCUCCAUAAUACAAGAGAGAGACACAUACAGGGGGGGAAAUUAGCUAACAGGGCAUGGAAGGAUUACAAAGAUCUGCAAUUUCAUUCAGAAGACAGGGUUCAUCAGGAUUAGUAUGGGAAGAUAGAUUUAUAUCAGGUGAAUUAAACAAGAAAGGAGAACCAGCUAAUCAAGAAAGCGGAGAUGAUAAUAAAAAACUUAAACAGGGAGAAGAAGAAGGUGUAGAAUUUAGAGAAUUAAGAUCGAGUAAAAGCGUUGGAUCGAUUGGAGGUAGAAGAUUGAUGCAAAGAAGCCGAUCGAAACAGGAAGAUAAAACGAGAACAAGUACGACAGGGAAAGUUUCGUCGCCUGUGUUAGACCCACCGUCACCUAAAUUAUCUGGUUGUGGAUUUUGUGCUGGUUUUGGCGGUGGUGGUGCUAAAAAACCAUUUGGUGCUGCCGGUGGUGGUGGUGCUAAUCAACGAUCUAAUAAAAAGGGUAAGCGUAAAACAUAAAGAAAUUCCAUGUUAAUUUUACGAAAUCAUGAUUGAUCUUGAUUGAUUGAAGAACUAAAUUAAUUGUGAUCAUCAUCUUCAUCGUUGUCGAUUCUUAUUAAUUUUAAAGUUCUUCAUCAAUCAAUGGAAAAUCACACAGAUAAAUAUAUUUAUGUAUGUAUAAUUUUCGUUUCAAUCUUCAUUUUUCAGUCUUCAUUUUUAGAUUUUAAUUUCAGAAUUGUAGUAGUUUUUGUUGGUUGGAUAAAUUGAUUGAAUUUUGAGGCUGUUUGUCUGUAAAUUUUUAUUUUAUUCUUAUGGUAUGUCGGCACAUUUUUUGA